AGACAGAGACUGGAGCAAGAUGGAGACGAAGUUGCUUUUGCUGGGGGUCCUGAUCGUCGUCUGCGCCUCCUUUGUUGGAGCCGAGCAAGAUGAGGAGAGGGACAUUUUGGAUCUGAAGAAGGAGUUGAAGAAGGAGAAAUUAUUCGUGGCCAGUUACAUCACGACGACUUUCACGGCUCUGUCCUUCUUCACUUCAGCACAGCCAUACUUCUGCAUCCUCUCCUCCAACGCCGAGGGUUGCAGUGGACGCAAACUGCGACGGAGACGCAAAGUAACCAUCGACCAGAGCAUCGUCUCGGCCGACGAAACCAGCCUGGACAACUCCCAAGGCCUACCGGAAGUCGAGGAGCCGAAAUCCGGCGACGAGAACUCGGCCCAGGAGAAGUUCCUCUUCACCGUCUGGAAGACCACGACCACGACCGUCACCGUCACGACGUUCUCGACCAACAAGAGCAUCACCUUGUCCGUUUCGGCGCGCUGCACCCACAGCAACUUCGGAACUCUGCCCACCUGCGGAUAAGACGGUGCGGUUGCUGUUUCUCUGUAUCCUGGAAACCCUCACGCCCCCCCCCCCCGGCCCCCCGAUAUCCCCUGCCCCUACUUUUUUUCAGGACCAAGAAUGGGUGUGCUUGUAAAAAAUUGCAAGUUGUUUCAGUAACCAAAAAUUAACGUUAUCGUAAUGUCAGAAUUAGACUUUUGCUGUUGAUACCACCUAAAUAAUUUAUCUUUAUCUUACUUUCUUCUGAACUCGUUCUAAGGAACAUACAUAUUCAUUAUCAGUAAACAGCAUUUUUUUGUAUUCUUUUAGUCAAGGGCCUUAUAACGCCUGUUGGGUAAAACUAGCCUUGCCAGUUAAUUGCUCUGAUAAAUCUUUAAAGUCCACUUCACGUUGUCAAUAACAACCGGUAUUUCACUGAGGGGAAACCAGGAAAGCAAUGUUCUAGCGUAAACGACUUCGACCAAGGAUAACUCGCAAUGUGAUUCUAAUUUAUGCUUCAUUUUUUUUAUUUGUACAUGUGUGUAAAUAGCGGUAAAAUAGUAUGGAUAAGAAUAUGACAGACUGUGACUCCUCAAAUAA